GCGUCUCUCUGUCUCACUGCCGCAAAUUCUUCUUCCCUGUGUACAACCCAUCGUACUGAUUCGAUUUCUCUCGUUUAUACUUCAAAUGUUUCUAUCGAUCCGUUGAACUACCGGAGUUCAUCGUCCGCUCGUUCUCUCAUCAGUCAUCAUAUCCGACCGUUUCAGUCCAGAUUACCCCCCCAUCCCCUAUUGCGCAGCGUUCUCCAGAUUCUACAAGGCACUUAAACGCACACUGUCUGUCUGUCUGCACAUUCGCUGAAUUACUUUGGCCAUAAACAAUUACUUAGUUUGAUUAUCGGUUCAACCGCAUUUUCCGGGCACGAUGAGGUCACAACGCCGACUGAGACUCUAUGUGGUUGUUGUCGUGGUUUUCCUGGUGGCUUUUACUUAUUUCACGACCGAUACGGGUGGAGGCAUACAGAACCAUCGCUUUUAUAAGAAAACCGUCACCGCCAUGAACAAUGCGCACGUCGCAACUACGAAGAAGAAUAGCGAAGGCAAGGAUCGAUCGCAUAUACAGAGACUCGACCUUGACAAUAACAAUAACAACAAUAAUGGUGCACGGAAAACACCAAGCUCGCCGAGUGCCCUCAAUGACAAGCAGCAGGAGAAAUCAAUAGGUUCAAGUCACAACAAGAUCGACACCUCCGAUGAAAUUUCUGUCGCUGGAAGAACUAAGAUGUCAGUUCCGAAGCCAAAGGAGGAUCAAGUCCCGCUGUCUAAUAAGAAGACGGAUAGCGUGGACACUCCAUCUGUGAAAUCUGAGGCUGAAACGCAUGUCGCACCUAAAGAGCAUGAAACUUCAAAGGAGGACGAGGAAGAAAAAGAGGCUAGCGCUGAGCUUGAUUUUAUCUUGAAACGGUCUCCGAUCAUCGUCUUCUCCAAGUCUUACUGCCCUUAUAGUCGCAAAGCAAAGUCAAUCCUGAGCCAAUACCGUAUCGUGCCGGCCCCUUACGUCGUGGAAUUAAACGAGCACCCGCUCGGGGCUAACCUCCAGAAACUUCUGGGCAAAGUUACAGGUCGCCGUACCGUUCCUAAUGUUUUAAUAAAUGGUAUAAGUAUCGGAGGAGGUGAUGAUGUCGAAGCUCUUGACAAAGAUGAUAAGCUCAUCUCGAAGAUCAAGUCAGUGGGAGGCAAGAGCAUCAUGGAGAUUGAGCGCAUGCGGGUGAUGGAAGGACAUGAACAUGAAAUUUGAACCAUUCUUCAAACUUGAUAUGUCGUCGCUAUUCCCGUAAGGCUAAGGUAUAUAUUUUCUCUAUGUGUUGACGUCCAUGACAGCUUGUGUAUGGAGGAUUUGAAUUGCAUGGGCCGGCGUUGGAUUUGGUUAUUGUAUCCUGGAUAGUAUUUCAUUGAGUCUUCUAUGUAUUUAUUGAAUUGUGAAAGUGAAUGAAUGAAGCCUGUAGCAUCCUGUC